UGAUGAUGAUGCUCGUGACGCCACAGCCCCAAGCGUUUCAAGGCGGAGAGGAUCCGGUGCGUGGAGAGAAUCCGGGACGAGGAUCCAGUGCGCACUUCAGAAAGGGGAAACACUGGCAUGAAGAUGAAGAUGGCACGGGUCUGUAGCGCAGCGUGCGGCGUCUCCGCGCUCAUUCCUCUGCUGCUCGUGGCGACCGCGGCGGCAGCAUCCGAUCUGUUCGACAACCAACUGGGAGACAUCAGCUACUGCAAAAACCAGUGUCAGGUCACCAUCAGAAACAAAAAAGCGGCCAAAGACUCCAUAAUGAAUGCAUGCUACCGUGGCUGCCGGCUCUAUUCAAUUUGCCAGUUUGUGAAUGGGAACACAGGCUUCAACAACAGCAAGGAGGAAUGCCAGGGAGCUUGCCAGGAAGCAUACAGUAAGUUACUGGAGCAGGAGGCCUGCAGCACAGGAUGUAUGAGCCAACCAGCUGAGCCUGAAAUCCAACGGAGGAAGCUUAAGGCCCUGACCAACCGCCCCAAGCCAGUUUCAGUAAUGGACGCUUUGUUUGGUUGGUGUAACGAUAUUGUCAGUUCUGCUCAAAGCUUCAUGUCCUCCACCUGGACUUUCUACCUUCAGGCUGAUGAUGGGAAGGUGGUCGUAUUCCAGAGUGAGCCAGAGAUUGACUAUUAUUUACCUGAGUUGCAAGCCUCACAUGCCAGUGUUGCAAAAAAACUCUGGCCUGAAGGAAAUCCUCAGACACAGAAGCCACAAUCUGGUGAACGACUGAAUGGAGAGAAAAAUGUUCCUAAAUCUGCGAGUAAGGGAAAACACAGCAGUCAGAAUGUUGAGGACACAGUCGCUGAACAUGACUUCCUGGGCUGCAUGUCAAGGCGUUCAGGUCUGCCACGCUGGAUCUUGGCUACAUGUCUCAUGUUAUCAAUCAUGGUGAUGCUGUGGCUGAGCUGUGCCAGUCUGGUAACAGCCCCUGAGCAACAUGUAAAGACUCAGUUGAGCAUCAAUGGUGAUAAGGAGUUCCUGGACUAUGUGCCAAAAGUCAAUCCCUACCAUCUGACUUCAGUGAUUGCUGUAGCAGUCGGUCAUCACGACGAAGGAAAAGACCCAGGGCCUCUGCCAGUCAAAGUUGACCUGAACAAAACCUCACUUUAAAGUCCUUCUGAUGUGUGCAAUAUGUUAGUAUUUCUGUCCCUCAGUUAGAGGUGGAAAUCAUAACAUUUAAUUUUCUAAAUAAAAUGCAUGGUAUAUACAUAUAUAUAUAUAUAUAUUCUUAUAUAUAAGGAACAGGUUACCCAAUAAGGCCAUUCAGUAAUAUCGAUUUAGAUGUUUAUUGAGUUCCAUAGACAGUGCUGCUUUUCAAAAUUAUUACGAUCACGAUUAUCCAAGCUUUGAUUGUAGCACUUGUGAUUUGGGAUGCUGAUGUAUUCUUUAAAACAGAAUGUCUUUAACACAGCCAAAGUACUCCUGGUGCAGUACAGUGGGCAAAAGACAAACAGCAUUAUUUUCAAUUCGGUUAGUUAUCUUUGUCUAGAAAGGAGGUUUUUGACAUUUGAUUUUCACCACUGUGGACUGGAAAAAGGCCCUACUCAUGGAAAACUCGUGAGCAUAAUCAUGUGUACAUACAUGUAGUUAUUUAUUUAUCUUUAUCUAUCACUAUUGUAUAUCACUUAUGCUGAUAGAUUUCGUGAUGAAGUAGUUGUUACAGAAUAAAGAAGUAGUUACUUUUAAUAAGGAUUAUGAGUGAUGCCUAGGUAAAGUAAGAAUGUUGCUUUCUGUUUUGUUCUUAAGAUUGUGGGAUGAGAGGAACCUCCUACGUCUGCUUAGUGCUAGGUUUUGACAAAUAGUUCAUUUGUUACCAGCCACAGAGCCGACUGGCGUAAUGGCUCUUCUAGUGUUCAUUGUGUUUCUAAGCUGUUUUACCCAUGUGAUCCUAAUCGCAGUGCAUGCUAGUACGUUUUAAGGCUUAGCCAUUAUCAGCCUAUCCACUUAUGGCAAUAGACUAUUAAAUGCUUUUAAUAUUUGUGUUUAUAACUUAAUGUUGAACACCAAUGCAGUUGUACAAUACACAUGAGAUAAGAAAGAAGGAAAAAUAAAGAAACAUCUUAAAAUAUGA